AUGAGCACUUCUGACACCACUCCAGCGGUUUUUGUCCAAAAGCUGCCCAUAAAAAAGCAGAUCCGGUACCAGGAGAUGAGGGACGCCGUAUUAGACCCAAAAGCAGUCGGUUACAUGAAAAGGCCCAGGAUGACAUUAAUCAAUGAGGCUAUUACUGGUAAUUAUCCCAGUAUUGAACUGCAGGACAAAAGGGCCAACCCUUACGGUAAGGACAUAUCGGAUCUUACACUUCAAGGGCCCGUCAACAUUGAACAGCACAACCCUAAAGGUUGGCCUAAAAUAUCGUCAAAAGGUAUGACUGCCCUAAAGAUACAACAGUUGGAGGCGUUUGGGUUCAGGAGAGAGGGGGUGCUCGGAGAGGGCUCUUUCGGAGAGGUCUGGAGGGUCACCGACAUCGCCAACAACAGGGAGUUUGCGGGAAAGGUGUUACCACUACACCGAUAUUACAAAGAAGGUAGUAUUAAGGAGGGUAUAGCUAAGCUAAUGAAUGAAGUGGAGGCGCUUCGGGGUCUGACACACCCUAAUCUGGGGCCCAUCGAUGAGGUGAUACACGUGAGGGACGAGAAAUAUAUGGUUCGGUCGCUGUUUGUCAUUAUACUGAUGGGUCUGUGCGAUGGAGACCUCACUAUUUUACUGGCCUAUAGGCCCGGGUAUUUCAAUGAGGGUCAGGCCCACAAGUGGUUUGUACAGAUAGCCGGGGCCCUGCACUACCUUCACAGCAAACGUGUCUGUCAUAUGGAUAUCAAACCCCAGAACAUACUGUACACCGGGAGUGCUAACGUCCCCUUCGUGUUCAAGUUGGCCGACUUCGGACUGGCCCAGAGGUUUGAGGGGUCGGCACCUAUGGAGAAGCGAGUAGCCCAGGGCACCUUCCUGUAUAUGGCACCGGAGGUCCGUAACAUCAGAAAUGCCUUUUCAGCGGUACUGGAUGUGCCGAAGUUUGUGUCCAAUCAUCCACUCAUGAGACUACUGUUUGGUAUGAUUGAGGACAACCCGACCCAGAGGUUCACUAUGGAUCAGGUGGUUCAGCACCCGUGGGUGAUAGGGGCUGGUAGUUCCGGGCCGUAG